GACGUUUCUGAGAUAACUACACCGACAUGCUUCGUCUGAGGAACGUCCCAAAGGAAACAGCUCAGUUAUUUAUCGUCAGCGUCUGCCUGCUGUGACACGACUGCAGCCAGGCUCCCUCAGCUCCUCAAAACAGCAUCGUAUGGCUUUGUAGAGYUAGACAUCAGCCACACUCAGACCACAGCAUGAAGGUGUCAGGYCUGCUCAUCGYUUGCKCCUGUUUCAUCUUAGGAAGCAUGGGGACGACAGCAUUCCCAGAGCAAGAGAAAGAUCCUAAGUUUUGGAACACAAUGGCUCAGCGGACCCUGAAGACCGCGCUGUCGGUCCAAACUCUCAACCAAAACACAGCAAAGAAUCUCAUCCUCUUUCUUGGUGACGGGAUGGGCGUCCCAACUGUGACGGCGACUCGAAUACUGAAGGGUCAGCUGAACGGACAGAGUGGAGAAGAGACACUGCUAGAGAUGGACAAGUUCCCCUUUGUCUCUUUGGCUAAGACGUACAACACUAAUGCACAGGUGCCAGACAGUGCAGGAACAGCCACAGCUUUCCUCUGUGGAGUUAAAGCCAACCAGGGCACGCUGGGCGUGAGCGCAGCUGCUGUUCGCUCCCAGUGCAACACCACCAAGGGCAACGAGGUCACCUCCAUCCUCAGAUGGGCCAAGGAUGCAGGAAAGUCAGUGGGAAUCGUGACAACAACACGGGUCAACCAUGCAACACCAAGCGCUGCUUACGCUCACUGUGUGGAAAGAGACUGGUACUCUGACAGCGAUAUGCCAGCUGAAGCCCUGCAGGCCGGCUGUAAGGACAUCGCCAGACAGCUGAUUGAAAACAUUCCCAACAUUAAUGUUGUUAUGGGUGGAGGGAGAAAAUAUAUGGUCCCCCAAAACACACCAGAUGUAGAAUAUCCUACUCAAACGUGGAACAACGGCACACGGAAAGAUAAGAGAAACCUGGUGCAGGAGUGGAUAGACAGGACCAAAGACAAGAAAGGCUAUUAUGUAUGGAACAAGGAGCAGCUGCUGUCUUUGAACCCAAACAAUGUGGAUUACUUACUGGGGCUUUUUGAACCUUCGGAUUUGAUUUAUGAGGUGGAGAGAAACACAAACACCGAUCCCUCCCUGACAGAAAUGGUAGAAAUAGCCAUAAAGAUCCUGAAGAAGAACCAGAAUGGAUUUUACCUGCUUGUAGAAGGAGGACGUAUUGAUCAUGGACACCAUGAGAGUAAAGCCAAGAAGGCUCUGCAUGAAGCUGUGGAAAUGGAUCGUGCCAUCGGUCGGGCUGAUCUCCUGACCAGCGUCCACGACACACUGACUGUAGUUACUGCUGACCAUUCUCAUGUCUUUACAUUUGGAGGCUACACGUGGAGAGGAACGUCAAUUUUUGGUUUGGCUCCCACGUUGAGUGAUAUUGAUCAGAAGCCUUUCACGUCCAUUUUAUAUGGAAACGGACCUGGUUACAAAAUUGUCAAUGGAACGAGGGAGAAUAUUUCAACUAUUGACUACAAUGCAGACAACUACCAGGCCCAGGCAGCUGUACCUAUGUCCUCAGAGACUCACGGAGGAGACGAUGUGGCCGUGUUUGCCAAGGGCCCCAUGGCUCACCUGCUUCAUGGGGUCCAGGAGCAGAACUACAUCCCCCAUGUAAUGGCGUACGCCGCCUGUAUCGGCCAAAACCUGGACCACUGUGUGUCGACUCGUAGCGGAACAGUCGAGUUAGAACCAGUCCUCUCAGGCAUCGUGGCUAUUAUCUCAGUCGCUCUACUUCUGUUCUGAUCUCCUCCUGACACUUUUACCUACUGAUAUGYUUUCACCAAGCUCUCAUUUUAUGACUUGAUUAGCACAAACUUGAAGAAACACUUCUGGUACAAUGAUGUAAAAAUACUGUUUAUUUAGCAUAAAUUAUGAUAAAAUUCAAUCCCUUAAUGGAAACUUUAAUGCAAAUCUUUUUCAAACUUUUGAAACCAUGUAGUUUAUUGUAAACUCUGCUGGUUUAUCAAAAAGAAAAAAACUGUAUAGGUCUUCUGGACGGGUUCUUCUCUA